AUGGAAACUUUCUCCUACAACUCUCCCGGGUUUGUUAACCAUCUAGCUUCGCAGAGCAGUCCCCCAAAAGACGUGGACUCUGCUGAGGCAGUUGGUAACUCACCCGGGUUAGUUAAACCUUUGGAAAGAAGAAAGUGGGUUGUCAAAGAAGACCUUGUGCUCAUUAGCGCUUGGUUGAACACGAGCAAGGAUCCCAUAGUCGCUAAUGAGCAUAAGGCAGGAGCGUUUUGGAAGAGAAUGGAGGAGUAUUUUAACUCAAGCCCUCAGCUCAUUGGCGCCGUUCCUAGAGAAUGGAGUCAAUGUAAGCAGAUGUGGGGAAGGGUGAAUGAGCAGUUCGCACUUGAACAUUGCUGGAGGGAGCUGAGAUUUGAUCAGAAAUGGAGGUCACACGCGUUGUCGAAAGAUGGUGGAAAGGAGAAGAGGAAGGAAGCAUGUCCGGAGGUGGUGGCUGACGAUGAAGAGGUGAGGCCUCCUGGUGUAAAGGCGAGCAAAGCAGCCAAGCGCAAGAAACACGGGAAUGAAGCAGCUUAUGAUCAAAUAGAAACCAUUUGCUAG